AUGACUUGCAGUUCUCGAAUACUAUUACCAUUUGCAUUAUGGCCUGAAAAUCCACCAUCAUUAUCAAUAUCGUCAUUAUUUAUAAAUUUAGCAAGUGAUGAUCUUAUAACGGGCACCAAUGAUGGUUUUAUCGUUUGUUGGAAAAUUGUACCUGAUCAUCAAAAAAUUAUUCCAAGGUUAAUGUUAAUUGGUCAUACAGAUCAAGUUUCAUUCAUAGUCGCUUCAAUGUCAAAACAUAAACUCGAAUACUUUGUUAGUAUUUCAGAUAAUGAUGGUGAAAUUAAAUUAUGGAAUAAUGAAGAUGGUCGUUGUAUUGAACAUAUAGGAACUAAUCUUAAACAUCGCUGUGUGCAGUGUUUCUAUUAUCAAUUAACAAAUGAAAGUUUCCUUAUAUGUUCUGGUUGUUAUUCAGAAAUACUUAUCUAUGAUAUGUGUACACUUGAAAUUAAAUUUACUCUUACAACAUCAAAUGUUAAUGCAGAUUGGAUAUCAACAUUUUUUGUUUUCCAAAAAAUAAAUGUUCCAGAAAAUAUCAUGGUUAUUGGAUUACUUGAUGGUGGUUGUGUUAAAUCAUGGACAUUUGAUCCUCGUACAGCCACUUCAUAUACAGUUAUUGAAAGUACAAAUAUAGGAAAUAAUAAUAAUAAUAUUCUACCAAUUGAUAUUAAAGAACAUGAAAGUAAAGAAAUUCGAACAUCAUUUGGUUCAAUUAUUGUACCUUGUGAUGAAUGCCAAAGAAUGAUACUUAUUGUUCAUUGCCAUGGUUGGCAAGUAAGUGAUGAUUUUUGUUUAUGUUCAUAUACAACGAAUGAAAAGGAUAUUGUCAAAAAAGAACAUUGGAUAAAUGGAUAUUUCCCAACAUCAGGUUUAGUUAUCCUCUUUUCUGCUCGAGGUUACGGACAUAUAUUUCGUCUUCCAGAAAAUGCAAUAUUUCUGAAUCCAAAAUACCGUUCACUACAUAAUAAAACUGAUAUGCAAUUACCGCAAUGGCUAUGUAGAUUAAGUGUUGGAAAUGAAUUACAACUUGCUCGAACAUCUAUUUAUUCUUGUCAUACAAUAUUAAACCACUGUCAAAUUUAUCGAGCUGAUUCUUCUGGUCAAAUAUCUGUUUGGCAUAUAAAUCUAAAAGAAUUGUCAACAAAUACUGAUCUUCUUCCAAUAAGUUCAAUUUCUUAUCAAAAUGUUUGGUCACAUGCAUUAACGAAUAUUCGUACAAUACGAACAAUUUUCAAUAAAAUAUUACCAAAUAAAAUCAAUAAAUUAACUGCAUCAUAUCACUUAAUAACCAUGGAUCGUCUUGCAUUUGGUACUGAUAAUGGGAAAAUUUAUAUUAUACCAGCAUUAAAACUUAUUUCGAGUCUUUUUUUAAAUAAUGAUCAACAUGAAGAAAAUUUUGAUAUUCAAACACUUGUUGGUCAUAAACAACUAAUAACAUGUUUAGUUCAUCCACAUAGUGAAUAUUCACAUUAUGAUAUUCAACAUUUAGUUAGCGGUAGUUUGGAUCAUUCAAUACGUUUAUGGGAUUUAUCAACAAAUACACAGUUGCAUGUGUUUACUGAACAUUUCGGUUCAAUUCUUAUGCUUCACGUUCCACCACCUAUGCUUAAUAUUAAAGUACAAUAUUGUGUAUGUGCAAUAGCUAAUGAUCAUAGUGUUUCAUUAAUAAGUUUACGAGAACGUAAAUUAAUUCUAUUAGCUAAUCGACAAUUAUAUCCUGUUGUUGGACUUCGUUGGAGAAUAAAUGAUGAAUUUUUACUUAUAAAAUGUUCCGAUGGUAGUUUAUUUAUUUGGCAAAUUGAAACAGGAAAACUUGAUCGUGUUGAAUAUGGAAUAUUAGCUGAAGAAUUAUUUGAAUGGUAUAAUGAUCCGAAAAUACUUAGUGCAAAUAUUGAUCUUCAAAAUGAUCCAUUAUCAACAGCAAUGGUAUCUUCAUAUUAUAUUCAAAUAAGAUCAACUGGAAAACAAAAAGAUUAUGAUCAAAUUAAAAAAUUAACUAGAAGAUUCGGUACUCCACGUUAUGAUUUAAUGGGUAUAUCAUCGUUUAAACGUUCACAAUAUCGUUUACCAAUUGUAAUUCAAAAAUUUCAUACAAAUAUAGGUGAUGAUUUGGGUUUACUUAUUUUUUUCGAUUUACUACAAUUAAUUAAGCAUAUUGAAUUAGCAAAUAAAAUUACUCGUUCACAAUCUGAUCAAAUAUUAACAUCAUUAAUAAAUUUAUCAAAUUUACUAGUUUCAUUAAUUCAUCCAUGGUAUUUUGAUAAAAAUAUUGAUUAUAUGUGUCAAGAACGUCUUCGUUUUAAUCAUGUUCAUCGAUUUAUAUCUUAUGGUAUAUUAAGUAAAAAUGAACAUUUAGCUAUUGUUUUACCCACAUGGCAACAAUAUUUAAAUGAUUAUGCAUCUGAAACAUAUUUACCGAAUCUGGCUGCAUUUAUUUCAUCUGCUGAAACUCAAAUAGAUAAUGAUGAAACAUUAAAAUACAAACAAGAACGAAUUGACACUUAUGUAUAUCAAUGGCGAUGGAAAUAUUCUACAAUUCUGAAUACCGAACAUUUAUUAAGUUCAAUAACAUUGGUCUGUACUUUAAUGAAUUGUAACCAUUGGAUAACUAAUAUAUCAAAUAAUCAAGAUAAAGAAGCACUUUUAAUACAACGAGAAAGUUGGAGUAAAUUAUUAGAAUUUUAUUGUUCAGAUAUGCUUCAACAAUGUCAAACGAAUAUUUUUCAAUCAUUAUCAAUUGAAAUUUUAUGUUCACAUUGGCAAGAUUUAUGUUUAGAAUUACGUGAUGCUGCUAGAAAAUUAUUAGAAAAAGAACUUGAUCAUUUACAUAACGAUAAUGAUGCAUGGUAUAUACUGAUUUCGAAAUGGUCGAAUUUAUUUCAUCAGUCAUAUAAUAAAGAAAAUGAUGGAGCUUUACAUGAUCCAAAUAUUCAAGAUAUACUUCUUGAUGAUACAGCUUAUAAUAAUGACACAACGACAACAAUAAUAAUGAAAGAAGAAUAUAAAAGACAACAAUUACUAUCUAUUAUUUUUAUGGGUAUUAUCUGUGCACGAUAUGAACAAGAAGUUGAACAUGCAAAACAAUCAUCAGUUACGAUUAAAGGAUUUUCAGUUGAAAGUCCAGAAAUAAUUUUAAAUUUGAGUCAUAUUCUAGCAAGUCUUUUAUCUCCAUCUAAUUUUGAUCACAUUCCAUUGCACACUGCUAUACGUCGAACAGCAAUCGAUCUUAUCGGUCGUGGUUAUACUACAUGGGAAUCCUAUUUAGAUAUUGGACAAGUACUACUAGCAUUAUUUGAUUUAUGUUCUAUUAGUGAUACUUCAACAAUGACAAGCAAGGUACAUGGUGAAAUAUUAUCACCAAAAACUGAUACUUGUUUAACAGCGCAAACAGCCCUUUAUUUAAUUGCAACGUCUCGUUCACGUGUAGUUAUAACGACACUUGCCCGUGAAAUAGCAAAACAUGCUCUUGUACAAUCUGGAACAACAUCAUCACCAACAUCAAUAACAGUUAAAAAUGAACAUAAACCUGAAAUACUUCGUCUUAUUCAAAUUCUUAUUGAAAAAUGUCCACAAGAUAUUGAAGACUUAAUUCUUGAAGUUAUUGAUAUUACUCUGAAUUGUAUCGAUUUGAAUAUUCUUCGACAGAAAGGUGUUCCAGCUGUAUCAGAAACAUUUGGAUUAUUAUUAAAAUAUCCAACAGUAACUUAUUGCCAUAGCUCACCUAAAUUAUGUGUUGGUACAAAAACUGGUCUUCUUGCUUUAUACGAUUUAAAAGCACCAAAAUGUCAACCAUGUCAAGUUCUACCUAAAACUGAAAUAAUUACAUGUGUAGAAUUUUCAACCGAUGGAAAUAUCUUGCUUUGUAUUCAGACAUCAUCAAAUACAUUUUUUGGCUCAUCAAAUGCACUUCAUCUUAGUUCAAAAUAUGAUGUUCAACGACUUGAUCGUUCAAUACUAUCACCAAUGGAAAAAGUUAAUCUUCAAUGGAUUGAUCGUACUCAUGUUAAAAUGUGUUGGUAUGACGAUAAAAUUGAAAAGACCUUUAAAGUAUAA